UUGCAUAAACAUCCUUUACUUGGACAAGGAUCUGGGCUCAAUUUUCUGCUAUCUCUACCUGGAAGGUGAUAUAGAAGCACAUCAUCUCUAGAAUGAAGGGGGGAAGCUUCAAUUCCAGUUUCAGCCCCCCGUUAUUGUGCACCACUGAGACCCGGAGCAGAGCUUUCGCCAAAGUCUUGCUGACCCUGCUGGGCUUCUGUCUCUGCGGAUCUGCUGUGGCUUUCCUGUUUGGCGGUGCCUUUGUGAUCAUUACCUACAAGAGCUACAAAGCCUUCUUUCAGAAUCCCUUCUUCCCUCUGCCAGGCUGUUUGGCUCUCAUGACAGCUUUCCUGCUGUUCCCGACAGGAGCUUUGGCAAUGCUGACUCCUGUAAAGAAUUCUCGUGGCCAUCAGGGAACACUGAUGUACCUGUUAGUGGUCCUCUUCUGCCUGGAAUCCUCCUCCAUCAUGUUGACCCAGCUCUAUUCUACACAGGAAGCUUCUCAUCUGGCCAGUCGCAUGAGCGCUCUAUUUCAUCAGUACAACAGGACGGUUCCAAAUUCCUCCAGCAAUGAGGCUGUGGAUGCCAUCCAGGAGCAGCUGCAGUGCUGUGGGAUCAACAAUUACACAGACUGGUGUGGGCCAGCCCUACCAAACCAUCUCCAAAUGGACCCUCUCUUUGCGCCUAAAAACUGCUGCAAAGAGGCUGCUCUGGAUUGCGCUGACAGUGUUAGCCAACCAGAGCAACUGUUUGAAGAAGGCUGUCUCCCGAAGCUGGAAAAGAGGCUGCGUUUUGUUAGGCGCUACAUGAAUUGGUGUUGUGUUGUGGUAGGCUGCCUGGAGAUGCUGACUGUCAUCAGCGAUGGCAUACUUAUGAAGCAGCAGUCGUUCCAGGAUUUCCGCAUUCUCGAUUCUGCCAAUUUUUCUUAAGCUGGAGAAGUGACAAGGGUUGUCUGAUGUUUUCUAUAUUUCCUGAGGCUAUUAAGGAGUAAUACUGACAAUUAUACUUAAAGCUGGGAUAGCUGUUUUAAAAUCCUGCCUUGUGCUGCUUCUGUGUUCUCAGAGAAUGCAAACUCCUUUGGUAUAUGAUUGUCAGGUCCUUUGGUCUGACUUGUUUUUUGUUUUGUUUUUUAUUUAAAAAAAAAAAGCCCAGACUGAUAAAUAAAUUCUUGCAUCUGAAAAAAAAAAA